UCAAAAAAAGAAAAAAAAUACAGGUUACGCUACUGCAUCAUUGCUCUUUCUCCUCUUUUUCCAGACAGCAACACGAUCACAGAGCUGGUGUGCUACCAUGGGACACUUUUCAGCUACGGAUGAGAAUCUAGGAUUCCAGUCUGGAGUUCCCAUACCGGGACUGAAUCCUCCAUCAAAUCAGUUUGGAAAUGCAUUUUGUGGAGCUGGGUCGGGACUCAUUCGAGAGGGAUUGGGUGCUUAUGGGAAGAGAAUUUGUGGAUCAAGUUCACAGUAUGUGCAAAGCAAUAUAAUUAAGUGCUUCUCGGAUCCUCAAUACUACUUCCAAGUGAAUGCGCACUACGUCAGGAACAAACUGAAGAUAAUUCUAUUUCCAUUUCUUCACAGGGGACACUGGACCAGGAUAACAGAGCCAAUUGGAGGCAGGCUUUCCUAUAAUCCUCCAAUUAAUGAUAUAAAUGCUCCAGAUUUAUACAUUCCAUUCAUGACAUUUGCAACAUACUUGGUUCUUGCUGGCAUCUCUCUCGGCCUUUCUGGGAAAUUUAGUCCAGAAGCCUUAAAUUGGCAGUUUGUGAAAGGAAUGGCAAGCUGGUUAUUCCAAGCAAUGUUGUUGAAGGCAUCAUUGACUUCGCUAGGCGGUGGAGAGGCACCAUUGUUGGACAUGAUAGCAUAUGCUGGGUAUACAUUCACGGGGCUGUGCGUGGCUGUUGUAGGGAGAAUUACAUUAAGCUAUGCGUACUACUUGAUAGUCAUAUGGACAUCCAUGUGCUCAGGUAUCUUCUUGGCUAAGACGAUUAAGCUAACUUUGUAUGCCGAGGCUAGGAGUUACGAUGUCACCAUCCACAACUAUCUCUUGCUUGGUAUUGCAUUUUCUCCAUUCCCAUUCAUCUUCUGCCUGAGCAACCCUACCGGGAAUUGGAUUUCCUGAAUCAGCUCUGUGCAUAUACAGAACUCAUUGCUCAGAUACUUGUGGUAGCUAGCAAGCAUACUAGAUCUUCCAGUUCGAUUAAACAUCGUCCGCGCAUGACUGGGACUUGGAUCUUUCAAGCUUGGUUGUGGGAUUUGGGAUUUCUCUGCCAUGCUUAUCUAAUUUCUAGUAUUAUCGUAGAGCUAGAUUGGUGACUCAAUUUUUGCAGCCUCAUUGAACUUUAUAGUAAUACAAGUUCAUGAAUUUCUUGUGUUUCAGUGUUUCUAUGCUAGUAUGCUUUAGCAAUUUUUUAUUCUAUCAGUCUUGUAACACUUUACUUUUACUUGGUUCUUACUACGUACCAUCAGUAAAUCGCAGUCAUUGGCUU